GGUGCUGUAGAAUUUGUAAUAGUAACGACUCCCUAUCACUAGCUACAGACCUGUACUGUGCAAACAUACAUUUUCUUCAAAUAAAAAUAAAUAGUAAUAAAUUUAAUAAAUUUUCGCGCCAUCGAAACAGACGUAAUCAAAUACAUUAUCUGUAAAAUUUACUGUCAUACGAUUUUGUUUUGUUUCGCUUUUAAAGGCAAGCGAAGGUCUUAAAUCAUACAACCUUAAAUUUUUUUAUAGCCAAAAAGAAACAAUAAAUAAAAUCAACUCACGUCCGACAAAAACUAUUAAGUACGUUUUAUUGUCACUUUGCAAAUCAGUGUCAGUGAGCUGAGAAAAUAUUAUUAUUAUUUGAAACUGGAGUGUUUGUAUUCCGGGAGCUUAGUCACGAUAUCACCCAUCUCGAAAAAUUUCUUGUGCGAAGUGGACAUCUACGACGUCAAGAUUGCUCCUUUAACGGAAGACGUGUCAGAGUACGGAGGCGGAGCGCGCGUGGUGUGGGCAAUGUCGGCAGGCGACAGAGAAUCUGAGGCGCAAGCCAAGAAAGGCGAAGAAGGCGCAAACAAUGAGAGGGAUAGCCGGGCCGCAGCGGCCCUCAAACGAAACUGGUGUUUGGGGUUGAGAAUUAUUGAAAUGAUAAUCUCCGUGAUCGCGAUUGGUCUGAUCGUGGGCGCUCUGUACUCGCCUCAAGUUGUGCAGUCGGAUCACCGUCAUAUUGCUCUUAUAUUUUCGGCGUAUUCUAGCUACAUCAUUAUCACCGGUGUGCUGGUCAUCGCGAGACUGCUCGGCGAGUCCGCCGGCUGGAGGACAUCUAUCGGCUUCUCUAUUCUCGGCGUCAUUAUGUUCACGGCCGCAGCCGGAGUUAUUUUCUAUGACUGGCACAAAUCCUACUACGCUAACCUCCGCCCAAACAAAGAAGCCUACAACCUACUCAUCUCUUCUGGUGUUUUCUCUGUUAUGAACGCCGCCAUUUUUCUCAUUCAUGCCUUUUUCACUUUUAGAAAAGAAGCCGACUAUUAAUUAUAAAUUAUUUUUAACUUUACGUACGAAAUCAAAGAUAGUGUUACAGGUUAUUUUAUUUAUAUAUCAUUUUUACCUAACCGAAAGUAAUAUGAAAUUAUUUGAGAAUUUUGUUUAAAUUAUUAUUCAAAAUUUGAUUAAAUUAUAGGUAGGUAUAAGUGUAAUUUAGAUUAUAGCAUAAAACGUAAGUUUUGUGUAUAGCGUUAAAAAACUGUUGUCCUCUUGCGUAGCUAAAAUGUUUUUUUUAUUAUAAUAGUUUGUCAUUUGUCCGAUGCAGCAGCUAAAUUAAUAUAUUUUUUCGUAUUAAAAACGCAUAAAAUCGUUUGGCCGAGGAAGUGCAAGUAUUUUUUUAACAUACAGAUAUAGUUACGGUAAGAACAUGCUACAUAUUAAAAUAAGAUUUAAUAAAAACCACAUUCAUAGUAAAUAAAUUGCAAGAUUACAGAUAAUCUAUGUUAAUAUUAAUAUAUAAAAUUAAAUUAACAUAAAAAUAUAAUAUUCAUAAGAAAAACUUUACUUUUUAACCAUUUUUGCUGGUUUCUAUGUAUAAAAAACGUUUUGUUUUCCCUUACAGCCUCAAGUGUAUAAAACCCCAUUUAUAAAGCAAAAUUAUUUUACAACUUACGGCUCAUUUUAAGUUUUAUGGUGCCUAAUAAUUAAUUUGUUAUAUUACAUGAUACUGCUAAAAGCCGAAGAAAAGAUGCAACUACUAGUAAAUUUAGGAUACUACAAUCAAGGUGUGGCCGAUUGCAGUUGAUUAAAAUUUGUAAAUUAAAUAAAUGUUCACGGCUUUGGAGGUGACCCAAGGGCCACCCCAGCCGCACCUUAAUUAACUGCCGCUGAAAUUACUUGAUACGUGGCGUACCUAAGUUUAACCACGUGCAAUCGCUGCACUUAUUUUUGUAGCCAGAUAAACCUAGGUGUAAAUGUAUCCGUACUUCAGCUUUUAGCAGAAACAUAAUAUAUAAUUACAUAUUUUUACAUACAUUUCGUAUAUAUAUAAUAUAAAACAUUGUAACGGAGAUCGAUACGUUUCUUGAAUAUAGUAAUCGGGCAUUAUAAAUAUCGCUGUAAAUUUAUCGUAUUACUUAGACAUUCCGUCAAUAUUCAUUUGACAAAAUUAUAAAUUCUAGAGGUGUAAUCAAAGAUACGAAAUAGACCACCGUAAAUAAUUAACCUAUGUUAGUAAGCAUUUGGUUUGUGACGUCUUGUGUAAAUAUCUUCCUAACAUUAUACCCACUUAAAUCUCUAUAAUCCCAUAUAUAAAUCAUUUUUAUUUCAUUUAUUCACUGUUUAAUAACAUUAGUGUUUAAAGUAUUAUUAUUAGUAUUUUCGUAAGUAUUAUUUUAUUUGUUAUAUUUAUUUUUAUAAUAAGAUUUUAAGUUAACGUUUAAUUUUAAGAAUGUUAUGUUUAAAAGGAGAACCAAAGCAGUAAUCAGUAUCCGUCCAAUGGUAGUUAAGUUUACUUCUUUCAAACUUCUGCAGUAUUAUAGUGACUAUAAAUAAGGAAUCAUUUUGUCGUUUAGUUUCAAUUUACAUAAUAUACUUAUUAAGAAUAUAUAUAACUAGACUAAAUGAAGAUCAUUCGAAACAGUCAAAUAAUAUCACUAGAUAAGUAUCAAAGAAUUGGAUGCCUUACUAUUGUUUUGAUUGCUCCUCUAUUAGAAUUGGUCUCAUAUUUGAAAAAAUUUUUAACAUAUUUCUGUUUCUAAGUCUAUAGAGGCUGUUUCUAAACGUUUUUGAAAAUAACAAGUUACUUUUUGAAGAAUAGCCGUACGUCUGUACGCUAGUGACCAAUUCCAAUUUUCGUCUAACAUAACUCGAAUAGAAAGAAUAAUGAUAGUCUCCAAAACAUUUUUAUUCGACGCUUAAUUUCACAAUGAAUACUCUUCAUUACGUUAUUGUUAUAAUCGAUACUGGAGUUUUAUUAAAUCGAUAAUGAGGGCAGACCGAAUCGCACGCGUACCCAUUUUUUGUUAUUAUGAUAAUUUAUCUUUUGUUGUUUAAUAAUAAUAUUGUAGAUAAUAGGGCUGUUUACUCUAUAUUAAUUUCGUAUUUAACAAAAAAAUUAAACAUUGCUAGGAUAUUUAUCAUCAUCGAGCAACGUCAUCAUACACAUAUUUAAUGUUAUCGAUCUAAUUACCUACAUUAAGAUAUUAUUGUUAGUUUUGUAUUAUAUAUAAUAGGUUAAGAAAUAUCAUUAUUUUGAAAAAUUAUUAAGUUACUACAGCUAUUUAUUAAUAUUUAUUGUAAAAGAUGUAUCGAAAAAUUGCGCUAAAAUUAGACUUGCAACGAAUUUUCGGCCUAUUAUUAGGUAUUGGGCCUAUUCGGCUACUUUUCCCUACUCGGUCGAAUACCGAUUGUUACCGUACCGUUGCUGUCAGAUGAUUGGUAAAAUAAAAAUAUUGAUGCAUUUUUAUUAUAAUCAUUAAAGUGGUCACAGGUAAAUAAUCAACUUCAGUAUUAUAAAACAUAAAAAAGACUAUUAGAGAAAUGUCUAUGCACUGAAAAUAUCGUAAUUAAAAUGUAAGAUAAUGGGUGCAGAAAGACUAAUUUUUCUGCAUUUCCCAGCUUCCAAGAAUAGACGCUCUGAAUUAAAAAAAAACAGUACUUUCCGGCCAAAGGCUUUUGCCUAAUUUUCGACUUAUUCGGCCAGGAAGCCCGCAUAGUAUACGGUGUUCUGCGUGUGGUCGAAUAUACUAUUCGUUGCAAGUCUAGCUAAAAUAGUUAUAUUAAUGAUUUUUAACUCUCUUUUCAAUAUGUUAAAAAUUAAAAUCUAAUGCUAAGUGCAUGCGUUUCAAAGAAUAUCGAUUCGAAGAUUUCAUCAUAUUCAACACGCUGGGCAGACGGUGGAAAAAAAAACUUUCCGCCAUUAGUCCACCAACGGAGCCACAGAUAAAGAUAGCAAUUGGAAGAAAAGUUAUUGUAUUUCCAUUUCAAUUCGAUUUCAUUUAUUUAAAUUGAUUUCUAUUUAAAAUUUUAUAAUCCUGAAACAUUAUUGUUGAAAAAACUAUUUUUCUUUUUUUCUGCGUGUCUUACUCUUAUCUAUCAACACUAUAUUAUCAGACCUAUACCAUUAUGCUAAAAGUAGCUUUAAUGUUAUCAAUAGUUAAACUUAUAUAAUUAUAGAAUUGUAAUCCGGCGCUAAUGUUACCUUAUUUUAUGCAAUCAUUUAAAAAUAAAAAGAACCCGCGUCAUUCUUUAAACAGAAAAAGACAUUAUAAUAAAAUUAUGUUUAAUUUGCACACAUAACGCACGUUAAAAUAAGUGUUAUAAAUAUUGAACAUAUAUGGGUUGUGUACAUAGUAUAACGUGUAUUCCUUAUACUUAUAAUUAUAUUAAAAUAAUAUAAAUUU